CGACACGUCCAAAGUCAACGCCAACACAUCCAGCAUGGAAGCCAACCCCAACGCCGUCCACUCGGCCCCAACACACUUGGAGGGCUUGACGCGCGUGUGCUUCAGUCCAGAUGGCAAAACAAUCUACACUGCCGGCGCGGACUGUCUCGUGCGCCUGCACGACGCCGCCGACCCCGAUGCUGAGCCUGGAUUCCACGAUGAACAUAAAGAGGCCGUGACGAGCAUUACGGCUAGUGCGGAAUUGCUGGUUACGGCGUGUCUUGAUGCGGUGGCGCGCGCGUUCCGCGGCAAGGAGCUCGACGGAUACAUCAUGCGCGCGAGCGGCGUGCCCCUCCGCUGGGUGCAGGUCGACGCGAAGGGGUCACGCGUGGCGGUGUGUAGCGACGAAAAUCUUGUCUACAUUGUUGACGUCAAUGACCGCGACAAUUGGCAGAAGAUCCCAACCAACGACGCACCCGCCCGCUCCGCUGCCUGGGAUCCCACCGGCCAGUACCUCGUGCUCGCUGGGUGCGAUGGCAAGCUUAGGGUGUAUGACACCAGCGAGAAGUCGCCAUUCAACAAGCGCAACCUCGAGGGCAUGAUCAAGACGUCGCAGACCGAUGCCCAGACGCAGGUUUACGUCGCCUGGCAUCCAAGCGGUGACUGCUUCGCGGUGCCGACGCGCACGCACGAAAUCGCGCUCAUCGCGCGCGACACGUGGAGCAAGCUUGGAUCAUUCCAUGCUGAUGGGCACAGCGAAGUUGUUGGGGAGCUCGCAUGGUCCCCAAACGGCAAGUACCUUGCGUCGGCGGCCGGCAAGGAGCUGCUUAUCUGGGCAACGGAGGGAAAGCACGUCGUUACGCGCUGUAAUGCCGAGGCCGCAGUUACCGGCCUGGCAUGGGCGCCGAAUGCCAACCUGAUCGCCUUCACAACAGAGAAUGGCUGGUUCAAUCGCUGGUCGGAGCCUGUCGGGCCGGAGUUUGCAUCACCGUUCCUCUCAGACGCGGAUCUGGCGAAGAAGGCGGACAAGCUACUCGACGAUGAUCUGUUUGGCGACGACGCGGUUGUCGACUUUGACGAGGUUGGCGAGGAACUGGGCGACGAUUUGGGCGACGACUGGCUCGUAGACGACGACGGUGCGUUCGCUGAGGACGAUGCGGAAGUCACACGCGGCGGCCGGACCCAAGUCGUAAGCGUCACCAAGGCGCAGCCACCGUUCGUGCCCGGUGCGACCGAGUGGCGCGCCACAAAACGCUACCUGGCCUUCAACAUGAUUGGUGUGGUCGAUGCAACGGACCAAGAAACGCAUAACGUCGUGAACGUGGAGUUCCACGAUAAGAGCGCCCGGCGCGGGUAUCACUUCUCCGAUCACGUCAAGUAUACGAUGGCGAGCCUGGGUGAGCAGGGUAUUGCCUACGCGGCGCCGGCGGGCGACAACAACGCGCUAUCCGUUGUUCAUUACCGCCCGUACGAUUCAUGGGCAAGCAGCGCGGACUGGAGCGUGAACCUAUUGGCGGGUGAGGACGCGCUGUCCGUAGCCAUGGGUGGGCCUGAGAGCGGACUCGGCACCGUAGUCGUGGCCACAAGCAAGGGAUUUGUGCGCUUUUUCACGGCGAGCGGCGUGCAGCGCUACGUUUGGCGUCUUGGCGAAGAGGUGGUUACCCUUGCCGCAGGGCGCGACGCGCUCCUGGUCGUCCACCGUGAGGGUGGAACCAGUCUUGACGGCUGCCAAAACCUACGCUACUCUCUGCUGGAUCUAGAGACGUUCGAUGCCGUGCAGGAGGGCCGCAUUCCGCUCCCUCGCAAUGUGACAUUGGCGUGGGCUGGCUUCUCAGCCGCCGGCGUGCCCGUGAUCUACGACAGUGCAGGCGUACUGAGUGCGCUCGACCGCUUCCGCCGUCCUAACCAGGGGCGUUGGGUGCCGCUCUUCGACGGCGAGGUGGCUCGCGGCGGCAAGCGUGAGACCUACUGGCCCGUUGGGGUCAGCGAGGAGCCGGGCGUGCUCCACGCCAUCAUUCUCAAGGGUGCAGAGUCAGCGCCGUUCUUCCCCCGCCCACUCCUGCAAGAUCUGGACCUUCAAAUGCCCCUCCUUGCAACGGACACGGCGGUCGGCGCACUCGAGGAGAAGAUCGCGCGCGCGUCCAUCCUACUUUCCGCCGAGGGGAGUGACGACCGCGAGGUCCAGAUUGACCAGCACCUCCUCAAGCUCGUGCAGAGUGCAUGCAAGGCGGACUCUCUCGCCCGCGCUCUUGAUGUGGCACGCCUCAUGCACACCUCAAGUUCGUUGGACGCAGCCCGCAGCAUUGCCGACUACUACCGCUUCCCAGGACUGGUGGAGCGCAUCCGGCGCGUCAAGACGGAAAAGGGGCGGGAGAGGGUGAGCUGGAUUGACGCCGAGCCCCAGCAGGAAUAUGUGACGCGCGCCAGGGCAGGACGGGUGCCUGUAAAGGAGUUCGAAGACUUUGCUCCGGCGCGCAAGAGGAGCUUUGCCGGCCGCGAGCAGCCCAAUAGGGCGUCGAGAGCCGAAACGCCAGCCGCGUCCCGGCGCACCGUGAUUCCAGAAACCCCAGGGCCAGAGGAGGAGCAUGAGGAGUCUAUGGAGCCCUUCGACUCCACGGCCGGCAAGACAUUUGACGAGAGCAUUCCGUUCGUGGAGUCCCCAAAGCGCAAGCGUUCCGACGACGAGCCUGAGCCUCUGAAAGCUCGAAGCAACCCGUUCGCAAAGCGCGCAGGCGGCAACCCAUUCGCCAAGGCCGCCGUUGCGCGCCCACUUGACUCGAUCAAGAGCACGUCCUUCUUCGACCGCGUGGACGACAUUGAAGCCAAGGGCCCGCAGCCGCCGAAGAGGAGCAAGAUGGGUAAGGGGACGAAACCCGAGGAGAGGGGGCCAAAGCAGACAACCCUCUUUGGGAUGAGGAAGCCUGCCCAGGUCGCGAAGGACAGCUAUGCCACAGAGGCCACAGAGGAGGAGGAUCCCGAGGCGAGCGACCAGCUCGGGGAAAGGGCUGUGCAGGACUCGAUGGACGAGUUCGAGGAGACGCUGAUGGAUUGAUUGUACAUGUAUGGCAUUGAUGCUGUGAGGG